GUCUCCGAUACCAGAUGGACAUACAUAAGAUAAUCAAUCAGGUGGCGACAAGAAGGCAUGUUCCUAUAUUUUCUCAUUCACGCCGUCUUCUCUUCUCACCUUCUAACGCUCUCCCCAACACCCAAUCCAAUUUCACUAAUUUAAAAAACUAAAAAUAAAAAUAAAAGAUAAAGCAGAAUCGUCCAAAAUACUUGUUGCUUUUGCUUUGUUCCAUUCAACUUAAUCCAUUUCCAAUUCUUUUAUCAUAUGAAUGAAUGAAGCUCCACCGUCCGUACAGUGAUUGAAAGAGAAAAAAUGGCGGAUCCACAACCGCUGCUGCUCAAUUCCGAGUCAACUCACCUUAAACAAAACGCCAGACUCCCCCGAGUCGCCUCCGUUGAUGUCUUCCGUGGACUUUCUGUUUUUCUUAUGAUAUUCGUUGAUUAUGGCGGAUCUAUCUUCCCCUUAAUUUCUCAUGCUCCAUGGAAUGGCAUUCACCUCGCUGAUUUAGUCAUGCCUUUUUUUCUCUUCCUCGUUGGAAUUUCACUCGCACUUGUUUAUAAGAGAAGGCCAGAGAGAAAACAAGCUACAUGGAAAGCAUUAGUUAGAUCACUUCAACUUUUUAUUCUUGGCAUUCUUCUUCAAGGUGGUUAUUUUCAUGGGAUAACUUCCUUGACUUAUGGUGUUGACAUUCAAACUAUAAGAUGGUUUGGAGUUUUACAGAGGAUAUCUAUUGGUUAUAUAGUUGCUGCUUUAUGCGAGAUCUGGCUUCCGACUCUAAGAUGGAAAGAAAUGGGUUUCUUCAAAAGUUACUAUUGGCAUUGGUUUGUAGCAGUGAUAUUGUUGGCAAUUUACUCCGGAUUAUUGUAUGGUCUAUAUGUUCCAAAUUGGCAGUUUGAUGUAUCAGCUGCUACCUCUUCUUUGCCUCCAUUUGACAGUGGCAAUGUUUACAAGGUGAAUUGUUCGGUGAGAGGAGAUCUUGGACCUGCCUGUAAUUCUGCUGGAAUGAUCGAUCGGUAUAUUCUUGGUCUUGACCAUCUAUACAAAAAGCCUGUUUAUAGAAAUCUUAAGGAGUGCAAUAUGUCUAGCACUGGCCAAGUUUCAGAUAGUUCACCAUCAUGGUGUCACGCCCCUUUUGACCCAGAAGGCAUUUUGAGCUCCAUAACAGCUGCAGUUUCAUGCAUAAUUGGACUCCAAUACGGUCACAUUCUUGCCCAUUUAGAGGACCACAGACGACGCAUAAAUCACUGGCUUGGCUUUUCAGUUUCACUUCUGGCCCUCGGAUGGUUCAUGGCUGUAUUAGGAAUUCCUCUAAAUAAAUCUCUGUACACAGUCAGUUAUAUGCUGCUUAGUUCUGCAGCUUCUGGUCUCACAUUUAUGGCUUUAUAUGUUCUGGUAGAUGUUUACGGUCACAGACGUUUGACAAGUGUGUUGGAGUGGAUGGGAAAACACUCUUUGAGUAUAUUUGUCCUUGUAUCUUCAAACUUGGCCGUGAUUGCUAUUCAAGGACUUUAUUGGAGGAAACCCGAAAACAACAUUAUACACUUGAUCGUCUCACGAUUUCGUCAGAAGUAAUAACUUGCUUAGUCAUAUUGGAUUGGACUGCUGUAAUUGGAUUUGCAUUGUUCCAUCUCUCAAAGUGAAGUGUGUAUAUAUUUAUUCAACUCAAAGCAAACAGAAGCAUUCAUGUAUUGGUGACUGCAAAUUGCAAGUCUUCAAAAACAUAUUCAAUCUGUAUUAUUAGCAACAUUCAGGAAUUUUUCCACGCAAAAUUUUGCCUUAGAUCAUGACAUGUUCGAUUCUUACGAGGUGACGAGGCCUAAAAUCUUUCCAUGUAAAAUUACGCAACUCAAGUCACACUAAUCUAAAUCUAGUUUUAUGCA